UGAAAUCAGCUCAUCGACCAGACAGAAGAACAAGUCGCUGUUGGUUGACCAGCUGUUAUAUGAAAACAGCUGGGCGAUCAGGGCGAGAAGAGAUAAACAACAAUUACAACGAAACACACAUUUUUCAUACACCAAAAGGCUUCCUCUGUGUGAGCAGGCAGGAUGGCAGGGGCGGAGGUCUACGGCCCCGUUAACCCCUCCUGCAAGAUCAUGACCUUCAGGCCCACCGUGGAGGAGUUCAGAGACUUCAACCGGUACCUGGCCCACAUGGAGGCCCAGGGGGCGCACCGUGCUGGCCUCGCCAAGGUGAUUCCUCCUAAGGGCUGGCGUCCUCGGUGUAGCUAUGAUGAUAUUGAUGACCUGGUGAUCCACGCUCCUAUCCAGCAGAUGGUUGCUGGCCAGUCAGGCCUGUUCACUCAGUUCAACAUCCAGAAGAAACCGCUCAGCGUUAAGGAGUUCAGACGCCUCGCCAACAGUGACAAAUAUUGUACUCCCCGCUACCUGAACUAUGAGGACCUGGAGAGGAAGUACUGGAAGAACCUGACCUUCGUAUCUCCCAUAUAUGGAGCUGACGUCCCCGGGAGCCUCUAUGACGAGGGUAUAGAGGAGUGGAACAUCGGCCACCUCAACUCCAUCCUGGAUGUGAUUGAAGAGGACUGUGGUGUUUCUAUCCAGGGGGUGAACACACCCUACCUGUACUUCGGCAUGUGGAAGACCAGCUUCUCCUGGCACACUGAAGACAUGGACCUUUAUAGCAUCAACUACCUGCACUUUGGAGAGCCCAAGUCCUGGUAUGCCAUCCCCCCUGAGCAUGGGAAGAGACUGGAGAGACUGGCUACAGGUUUCUUCCCCAACGGGUUUAAAGGAUGUGAGGCUUUUCUCCGUCACAAGAUGACCCUGAUCUCCCCUUCUAUCCUGAAGAAGUACAGCAUCCCCUUCGACAAGCUCACCCAGGAGGCAGGAGAGUUUAUGAUUACCUUCCCCUACACACAUGGUUACCACGCUGGCUUCAAGCUUCAGUGCCGAGAUUCUACUUCCCAGUGUCCGACACAUAACAAGGUGGCCACUCAGUGUACAUGCAGUAAAGACAUGGUGAAGAUCAGCAUGGAUCCCUUUGUGAAGUGGUUCCAACCGGACCGCUAUGCUGUGUGGAAGCUUGGGAAAGACUGCUGUCCUCUGGACCACACCCGAGCCACGCCCGCCACCACCCCAGAACUGCAGAACUGGCUUCAGCGCAGCCGGGUCAAGACCCCAGUGAACAGCAGCCUCUCACACCCACGGACCAGAUCCAAGCGCCUGAGGACCAGCGAGGAGCCUGUCGCCUUGGAAGGGUGCUCUGUCCUGGGAAGGAGGAGGGGCCUCGGAGGCACCCUGGGUCCUAAGGUCCGGAGAGGCUGCAGGGCUGGGGAGGAUGAGGACGAUGAGGAGGAAGGAGAGGAUCAGACUGAGAAUACACUCCGGCUCCCUGGUCCUUGUCGGCAGAUGUGUGUGGUGAAAGUCAACAGAAUGGAAGUGGAGAGUGACCGGUUGGCCUUCCCCUGUCCUCCUGAACCUCUGCGCCCCUUGUCUUUCCCCUCACCCUCUUCCGACUUCUCUUCUCGCCCUUCUCCCUCGCUGACCCCUGUCUCAGUGGACACCACAGAACAAGGGACAGGGGCGGGGACUCACCCCUCACCCCAUCUGCAUCCCACUAACCCCCCACAGAACCCCUCAGGGCCAGAGUUCGCAGAGGUCAUUAAAGGACCCCAUCAGACGUCCGAGGCUGCCCCAACACCUACCCGAUCAGAAAGAAGAGAAAUCCCGGAGCCACUGGGACAGGUCCCCGAGGACUGCUCUGUGGAUGUCCACCCCUCUCCAGACCCCUUACGGACCAGGUUACCUUCCCCCAGAACGGUGCACCCGACUGGGGCUCAGGGGUGUACGGACUCGGCCUGUGGCCCUGGAGCUUUUCAGUCCAGUUCCUCUUGCGUAGAGAAGUCGUCUUUAAACCUAACCUCAACCCUAGCCCCCGGCACUCAGUAUAAAGUGGAUACGUGUCAAGGUACUGCGGUUAAUACUACUACUACUACUACUACUACUACUACUACACACAGCAGUCACACCUCUGAAAGCAAAACGCCAGCACUUUACAAUGACAUUGACACGAAUACUGACUCCGGGUCCAGAGGACGUGUUAUUUCUGGUUCUGGUUCUGGUCCAGCUAACUUGUUCAGGUGUAGUGAAAAAAACCGCACUCCCGUUGAAAACCGUUCCUCUCUCCCUAUGUGUACUACACACAACCACGUCCCCAUACAAAACCCUUCCCUUCUUCCUAUGUGUAGUUUACGAGACCGUUGCCCUCCUCUCCUCCAGAGGAACAACGGGGUCGACAUGCCCUUCCUCACUCCAGAACUGUCUGGAGAGACGAGGUUCUACCCGCCUCUGCCGCCCGUUCUCACCCAGGAGAUGCCCUCCCUCACACUCGCCGUCAGCGGAGGUCACGCCGAGAUCAAAGGUCAGCGGUCGUCGUCGUCGUCCUCGACUGGCCGACACGGUGGUGCUCUAACCUUACCGGAUUUGCCGGGCAGUCACCCGGUCCUCGCCCCCGUGCUCCGACGCGAGAUACCCACGACCCUCUCGCCAGGAACGGAAACGUUAACGGACGAGGUGUGCGAGGUAGAGUUGGCGUCAAAGAAGUCGGAGGAAGAGGAUUUUCGACCGUUAGCGCCUUACAGAGACUGGCGCUUGGGUUCUGCUGAAGACCACCAUAGACCAGAGCUGGAUUUACAGGUAGCGGCUUACGUGGCUAAUGCAACUAGUAAUGCUCGGCCCAAAAUGGCCGCCUCUGAUCACAAAAUGGCCCCCUCUCGGCACUCUGGUCCUACUGAAGACCACCACCAUAGGCCAGAGCUGGAGGUACAGGUAGCAGCUUACGCGGCUAGUGCAACCAGCGACGCUCAACCCGAAAUGGCCGCCUCUCUGCACAAAAUGGCCGCCUCUCUGCACAAAAUGGCCGCCGACGCUUCCCAUCUAGAAGCACUACCAAUCCAAACAAUGUCUGAGGCCGUGCUGACCACCGAGAACCACUGUAGUCGAACCUCCGCGGAGACCCAUGCUAGCAAUAACAACCACAUGCUCUGUGACGUUACACUACUGCCAACGCAGCAAAUCCAGAAACACGGGUCCUCGACGGUAACUACAGCAGUAUCCAUGGACUCCGACUCAGAAGGAUCCUCUCAAAGAGACGAUGUAUUUAGAGACUCCAGUACUAAGGGUUUAUAUCUCGCUAGCACCAGUUUGACUUCUAAAGAUAAGUUGGCCCACUCUUCUGAGCUGAGUGAAUUAAAUAACCAUUUAGCAACAGUACAACACCAACACAACCAUGACCAAACUCCACACUCAAACAUGGAUGCCGUUUGUAGUUCACGAAAUGUGGAAUCCAUUUGUAGUUCCCAAAAUGUGGAUUCCAUUUGUAUUUCUCGAAACGUGGACUCUGUUUGUAGUUCCCAAAACCUCUACCUGGAGCCCAAACCUUUCUCAGACGGCAUCUGGAAGAACCUCAACUCCCAGAGUCCUGCGGUGCUCAUCGAGAGCCUCCACCACCCGGAGCUCCCCGCCGACUAUACCCACGAUGCACUACCUUACACCAUGUGGACCGAGCCGCAGUGCAAAGAGGUCACAGACCUCGAUCACGAAACUGAAACGGACGACCAGGACCCAGAGGGACAUGGGGACGGGCCUCUCACCUGGGCCCAGCUGGAGUCCACCUCUCUGGGGUCGGCCGGUGUUGGGGAGCCCCUGGGCCUCUGUGGAGACUUUGAGCUCCAGAGAGGGGAGGUGGAGGCAGCGGAAGCCCUGGCUCUGUGCAGGGAACUGGGGGUGGAGAGGGAGGCCGAGGGGGCUCCCGAAUCGCCCUUGGAGGAGAGACCGGGGGAAGGAGAGGUGUCUGAUAUGGAAGAGGGAGAUUCGGAGGACGAGGGGCAGAGCAGCACGAGGGAGGAGAGUAGUAGUGAGUCAUCGGAAGGAGAGGCUGAAGAAGAGGAGGAAGAAGGGGAGGAAGACUAUGAUAAUGAUUUGAGUGACUUUGAGUGUGGCGACUCGGGGCUGGAACCUGGAGAGGUUUGCACUUACCCUGCUGCUCCGCUGGCGAAGAGAACCAGUAAGAGCUGGCGUCGCCCUCUGAGGAAGCCCACCGCCCGGGCCGUGCCCUCCACUGUCAAACAACAGGCUGUCAGCGACGACGAACCCCCGGAUGCGUCUUUGAUGGAGGGGGAGGAGCAGGAGGCUGAGCCAUGGGCUAAGCCCCUCCUCUUCCUGUGGCAGAACAGGAAGUGUUACUUCACGGCGGAGAGAGAGUACAACGCUAACGCAGCCAAGAUGUUGCCGCACUGCGCUGUCUGCACACUGUUCAUGCCCUACUACCAGCCUGAGGACAGAGCUGACCGCCUCAAGCCCGUCCCCUCCUCCCCUCCCCCGUCUCCCACCACCUCCAGGACUAGAGGAGGACCAGGGGGUCUGAGGAGGAGCAAGCCCCUGCUACCAGAGAUCUGUUUCAGCUACAGGGAGCAGACGUGCCCCCCCACCCCCACCAACGCCCUGCUGCAGGAGGACGGCACCAGCCCGCUGAUCACCUGUCAGGGGUGCUGUCUACAGGUUCACGCUAGUUGCUAUGGCGUUGCCGCUGAUGAUGUCAGCGAGGACUGGUCGUGUGACCGCUGUGCGGACGGAACCUUGACGGCUGAGUGUUGUCUGUGUAAUCUGAGAGGAGGAGCUCUGAAGAAAACUACAGAUGACAAGUGGGCCCACGUGAUGUGUGCAGUAGCUCUGUCAGAGGUCUGGUUCAGGGAUGAAGUCAGGAGGAGUCCCAUUGAUAUCAGCAGGAUACCCAUGCAGAGAUACAAACUGAAGUGUAUCUACUGCCGUAAGCGGUGUGUGAGGCGUGGCCAGGGCGGGGGAGGGGCAUGUAUCCAGUGUUCGUGUGGUCGAUGCCCCACCUCCUUCCACGUUACCUGUGCCCACGCCGCCGGGGUCACCAUGGAGCCGGACGAGUGGCCUUACGUGGUGUCAAUCACCUGCCACAGGCACCAAUCACGGAGCUCGUCUGCUCAGCGUGCAGCGUUUCAGAAGGACAUCGUCCUGGGUCAGACCGUCAUCUCCAAACACAAGAACCUGCGGUACUACAGUUCAAAGGUCACCCAGGUGACCUCCCAGACCUUCUAUGAGGUCAUGUUUGAUGACGGAUCCUUCAGCAACGACACCUACCCAGAGGACAUAGUGAGCCGGGACUGUGCCUGUCUUGGUCCUCCAGAAGUAGAGGCUGUCCAGGUGAAGUGGCCUGAUGGACUCUUCUAUGGAGCCAAAUACCAGGGAUCCAACACCUCGCAUAUGUACCAGGUGGAGUUUGAGGAUGGUUCCCAGGUGGUAGCUAAGCGAGAGGAUGUCUAUACUCUGGAUGAAGACCUUCCCAAAAAGGUGAAAGGGCGACUCUCAACGGCAUCCAGCAUGCGUUUCCAGGACGCCUUCUUCACGACCCAGGGAGAGAGGAAGAGACAGAGAACGCCCAACUCCCGUUUCCAGAAAGACUAUGUGGCCCUCCCAGGCCUCCUUACCGCCAGCCAGAGCACAUGGGAACCCCGCAGCCCUAAAGGGAAAUGAUAGAGGGGUGGAUGGAGUGAUGACAAAUGAAUGCACUGAUGUAUGGGUGUAGCUGUGGGAUGUGAAGGUGUGUGUGUGUGUGUGUGGGGGGGUAGGAAAGAGGGCUGGACGGAGGACAAUUUUGAUUGGACUGUAUUGUCCUGAAGAAAGGUUAUCAUGCGUUGUGGUGGUUACCCAGUGCUUUCUCAUAAGUCGGGAAUUCAAAACAACAAUUUGUCACCUGAUGAGUUUUUUUUUUUUUUAAUAAUAAAUGACAAAAACACGUUUUUCUUUUCUGUAUAUUUACAAAAACAAACCGAGCUUCUUAUUUUUCUUCUUUCUAAACAAGCCUACAAUACAGUAGCGUUUUGGAAUCUGUUGUAUCUAUAUGAGGAUUUGGAAUCUGUUGUAUCUACAUGAGGAUUUGGAAUCUUUCUGUAUCUACAUGAGGAUUUGGAAUCUUUCUGUAUCUACAUGAGGAUUUAUUUUUAAUAUGAAUGCAUCCCCAGUCCCAGCCUGUGUCCCAAAUGACACCAUAUUCCCUAUAUACUGGGCCCUGGUUAAAAGUAGUGCACUUCUAUAAGGGAAUAGGGUGCUAUUUGGGAGGCUGUCCCAGUGUUUUCCCUCUCCGCAUGUCAGCUGUCGUCUGCUACUUCUUCUCCUCGGCCGCGUCUCCAUACUCUCAGAGCGGCUUCCUCUCCUCAUUUCCUUGUAUACUCGUCUCCUUUCCUUUUAUCCUCCAUUUCAUACUGACCCGAAAGGACUGGACAGGUGAAGGCGAACACACGAAAGACAGCGGUCGUUUUUGAUAUUGCUUUAAUUUGUCUGGGUCUUGUCGAGGAGUUGAGGAAAAAGGAGACGAGAAGAGGAAGCAACCAGAGUUGCUACUGUCGCCGUGUUGAAUAAAAACACGGUGAUCUAAUUAUUUAAUUUAAUAUUUGUAUUUAUUUUUGGGGCUUUCAAAAAAUGUUUAAAGUAUUGCUAACUGCUGUAAGGAAAACAAUAAAUAACUUCCAUGUC